AUGGCACCGAAAAUUUCUGGUGUCCGCCUCGCUUUGUGCAAACAGCCGCAUUUGGCCCAGGUCGGUAUCAUCAUAACCUCGAUUCAAGGGGGUGCCGGCCCGGGAAUCCCGUACCGGGACCCGCCGUGUAUCCUCAUCAAAUUCUCAUAUGCAAACAAGGUGUGCGAGAAACGCUGGUUCCAUCUAAAAGUGUGGAACAUGUGCAAGCACCCCGGAAUUGUGCCUGCACAACUUGUGCAAAACGUGGGGAGAGCGCUCACAAAUGAUGUCAUAUUACUAUAUAUAGACACGUUCCUGAUUACGUUAGUUAUUGGCGGAGGACUUGCGUCAUCCGCGCCUGCCUCCUCCCUCGAAAGGUUGUUUGCACAAAGCAAGGCGGAGCUCAGAAAUUUCGGGGAGGUGUCUAGGGUUUUGCAUCAAACUAUGGCGGGAUGUUAA